AGUCUCUUCCAUCGGAUGCAGAAGAAGACAUGACGAUGCUUUUUUUAAUGACUGGGAAAAGAAAGAAAGAAAGAGAAAAAGCAAAGGGUAAUUAAUUAAUUGCAAUGUUCAUCAUCCUCAAACAUGUCCAUGUGACCAACCAACCUCCCAAAUAAUGGACCUCCAUAUCUGGCCGCUGCUCCUGCCUCUCCCACCCCCUUACUCGAUUCUUAGCUCCUCUGAAUUCGCUGAAGAAGCAGACAAAAGUAAGAUGAAAUGGGCACUCUCAGUCUCUUUCAAGUUUCAACCCCAGUCGGCGCUCUGCUCUGAUUUAUUAUUUCUCAGAGAAGGCCCAUGCCUUGGAGCAUCAUCUUCUUUUUAUGUUUCCUGUGGAUUCUUAGCCCCACAGGUAAGGGAAAUUUUUGUCGAUUCAUUGUACUCUGCACUGUCAUCUUUAUCUUUCCGUUUGCCGACUUUUUCAUGUGAUUCUUCUUUGUUUGGAUCUGCAGAUGGAUUGAUUAGGAGAAAGUUGCUUGUGGGUUUUGUAGUUACUAUGUAUUUUCAGCAAUGAUGCUGUUAAACAAGAAAAAAAUUAAUGAAAUAUCCAGAUGGGUUUGAUGAAGGUUAGACGUUAUUUCUCAUAGACCAUGCGUGCCUGUCCGCAAGUUGUUUUUAGACAUGCCGAGGGAUGAGUGGUGUUAACUGACUUUGUUGUGAGGCUUUGUGAAAGGAAAUCAUGUGGGUGAUGUGUUUCAUACUUGUACUUUCCUUGAAUGCUUGUAGCUUCAAGCAUCUCUCUAUUUGGGGAGGAAAAAAAUCCGAAAGUCCUAGUUUCUGGAGGGAGUUGAAAAAGUGAAAUGUCCGAGGCAUGGGGGUCUUAGGCACAAUUUUUCUUAUGAUAAUCUGUGUGUUUGUUACAGCUGGAGAAGCAGCUGACGCAAACUCUUUCCUGAUAAAUUGUGGUUCAAAUUCUACUGUUGAUGUAGAUGGUAGGAAAUGGGUUGGUGAUCUGGCCCCUGCCAACAAUCUCACCAUUAGGUCUCCCGGGGUUGCCGCCUCCACCACCGCACUGAGCGGAGAUUCAAUCUUUGCACCACUUUAUAGCACAGCCCAGUUCUUCACUGAUAGUAUGAAUUACACAUUUGAAGGGGUCCAAGGGAACUAUUUUCUUAGGCUUCAUUUUUAUCCAUUCCGCUUUGAGGACCUCAAUGCAAAUGAAUCCUCCUUUGAGGUGGUGGCAAAUGGUCUGAAACUGGUGUCGGAGUUCAAUGUUCCCAGAGAGAUUUCACGCAAGAAUUUGUACUUUAAUAGUUCAGGAAGCAAUGCUACUUUGUCCUCCUUAGUAAAAGAGUAUUUCCUCACCAUCAAUUUGGGAGUUCUUGUGAUCGACUUCCUGGCAACCAACACCAAGGGGUCUUUUGGGUUCAUAAAUGCGAUAGAACUCGUUCCCGUUGCUGAUUCCCUCUUUGUAGACACUGUGACUAAGGUGGGAGGAAAUGGUGCCAGCAGUGUUCUUAAUUUGAGUGGGCUGGGAAUUGAAACUAUGCAUAGAUUGAAUGUUGGGGGUCCUAAGGUAGAAGCCAGUCAAGAUGUAGAUGUUUGGAGGAUGUGGGAAGUGGAUUCGGGCUACAUGUUCAGAGCAGAUACUGGGUCUGAAAUGCAUAACACUUCUAAUAUUACCUAUUCUUCCUUAAACGACACCUCAGCAGCUCCUCUUCUUGUGUAUGAAACAGCAAGAAUUAUGUCCAACGCCCAAGUCCUCGAUAAGAGGUUCAACAUGUCGUGGAGACUUGAAGUGGAUCCUAAUUUUGAUUAUUUAAUCAGAUUACAUUUCUGUGAGCUGGUUUAUGAAAAGGCAAACCAGAGGAGCUUCAGAAUCUACAUAAAUAAUCGGACUGCAGCAGAAAAUUUUGAUGUCUUUGUAAAAGCUGGAGGGAUGAACAAAGCAUGUCACCAGGAUUAUGUUGAUGUGGUGUCUUCAAAAAUUAAUACCAUUUGGAUUCAGUUAGGUCCUGACACAACAGCUGGUGUUUCAGAUGCUCUCUUGAAUGGUCUCGAGAUUUUCAAGCUGAGCCGUAAUGGAAAUCUUGCCUAUGUAUCACGGAGAUUUGAUUCAAAUGGGAGUCUAAGAAGAAGUAAAACUUCAAAAGCUUGGAGUCUUUGGGUUGGGAUUGGAGUGGGUGUUUCUGUUCUAAUUCUUGCAGUUUUAUUUUUUUACUGCAAAAACUUGAGAAAGGAAUCUAGUAAUAACAAAAACUAUUCUCCUAGAUGGCUGUUCCUUCUUGAGCCCAUUCUGAAUACUACUGCUAAUGCUAAGGGAUUGGCAGGAAAUCAGAACUCAACUGGGUCUACGGCCUCUACCAGAAUUGGCAAACGGUUUACAUUAGCAGAGAUUCGAGCAGCAACAAAUAAUUUUGAUGAAAAAUUAGUUAUUGGAGCAGGAGGCUUUGGUAAGGUGUACAAAGGGGAGAUUGAUGAGGGCACUUUUGCGGCAAUUAAACGUGCCCACCCACAAUCCGAGCAAGGCCUAGCAGAAUUCGAGACGGAGAUUGAAAUGCUUUCAAAGCUCAGACAUAGGCAUCUGGUUUCCAUGAUUGGAUUCUGUGAAGAACAGAAUGAGAUGAUCUUGGUUUAUGAGUACAUGGCAAACGGGACGCUUAGGAACCAUCUCUUUGGGAGCGAUUUGCGACCGUUAACUUGGAAGCAGCGAUUAGAAGUAUGUAUUGGCGCUGCCCGGGGGCUUCACUACCUUCAUACUGGAGCAGAGAGGGGCAUCAUUCACAGGGAUGUUAAGACAACCAAUAUAUUGUUGGAUGAGAAUUUCAUAGCAAAAAUGGCAGAUUUUGGGUUGUCCAAAACUGGUCCUGCUUUAGAACAAACCCAUGUUAGCACUGCAGUGAAAGGAAGCUUUGGAUAUCUUGACCCAGAAUACUUCCGGCGGCAACAAUUGACGCAGAAAUCAGAUGUUUACUCUUUCGGUGUAGUGUUGUUUGAAGUUGUUUGCGCACGGGCUGUUAUAAAUCCAACCUUGCCGAAAGAUCAGAUCAAUCUUGCAGAAUGGGCAAUGCGAUGGCAACAAAAAGGAUCUCUUGAAACCAUUAUUGAUUCACGUAUUAAGGGGAAUUAUUGUCCCGAAUCAGUGAAGAAAUUUGGGGAGAUCGCUGAAAAAUGUCUUGCCGAUGAGGGGAAGAACCGGCCGACAAUGGGAGAAGUGUUGUGGCACUUGGAGUAUGUCUUGCAAGUUCAUGAAGCUUGGCUGCAUGCUGACACAGAAGAGAGCUCUUUUUUGAGUAGUCAGAUUUUGGAGGAUUGCAAAGCAAGGGAAUCUGAGGGGCAUGAACCUGCAAGUUUUCAUGAAGCGACUGAUACAAACCUCAAAAUAAAGAAGAAUGAAUCCGCUACAACUUAAAUAAAUGCCCAACUCCAAAAUAAGUAAUGCAGAUCGGUGAAUUACAUGGUUUCUAUUGGCCAUACUUUAAAAAAGGAAAUGUCCUCGUACAAUGCAAUUAGCAAGCUAUGAAGGAAUCAUGGGAGUCUCCAAUAUCAUAUAUUCGUUUGUUUACAUAAUUAGCAAGCUACUUGUUUCUGGCCCUGCCCUUUGGAGGGCUAAUCUGUAUUCCCUUAAUUCUUGUAUUUGUUUUUUCAUGUUUCAGAGCAAUUGCUCGUAAUAGAUAGAUACUUCGUUUUCAUAA